ACUCUAGUACGGGGGCGUGCCCUAUAGAUAAGGUAUACUCUCUACACCCCAAUGGCUCUAAGUAGAGACGCUCAUCCCUCCGACGAAAAACUGUUUCUGGAAAAGAGGAGCAUAGCUACGCCGCAAUACUCAGAAGGUCCUAGACGGAGCACAGGUUUGGAUGCGAGAUACGAAUUGAGCAGCACCGUGAGGGAUGCAAGAAAAAACAUCUGUCUCAUCAUCAACAUUGUCAAAUUUCAGGGACCAAUUGAGGAUCGCAAGGGUGCCUCAAAGGAUGCAGAGCGAAUGCACAAAUUGUUCGAUGACCUCGGAUUCCAAUGCAAGUUGGCCACGAAGGUCGGAGCCGUGGACUACGAGAGCAAGGAAGGCAGAAAAUAUACGGCCAGAGAUCACGAGCUUACCGACAGCGACAUUAAGAAGUCAAUACAAGAUGUGAAGGAUGGAAUGGAUCCCAAAUCCGACAUCUUUGUUUGUUGGAUCAUGAGCCAUGGGGAGAGAGGCCACAUAUACGACAGUAAGGGCCCAAGGAUCAGCCUGGAGGAAAUCAUAAAAGAAUUUGCGGGAAAUAGCUGCGCGACGCUUAAAGGGAAACCGAAGUUGUUCUUUGUUCAGGCCUGCCAGACAGUUAAAAAUGAGGAGAAGGAGGAUAAAAACGACAAUAAAACCAGAGACACGGAGCAGAAAGAGAGAACACCAAGCGUUCUCAAUGAGAAAGAAGAUCGCUGGGUCUACGGCAUUACACCCUACAAGGACAUUUAUGUGGGAAUCGCCACUGCUCCGGGAUACGUUUCCCAUCGAGAUGAAUGCCAGGGUUCGUUCUACACUGAGGCGAUGGAUGAAGUUUUCAGGAGUUCGCUCGAGGGCAGAGACAGUGUGGAGCUUACCAGAGUAAUGACUCUGGUGAGGAACAACGUAGCCCUUAAGUACGGAGUAAAAAGAGAGGGGGAUCAAAAGGAAGGAGCAAAAAGCGAGAUGGAUCAGAGAGAGCUUAUGCAGAUGCCCUGCUGUACGUUUACACUCACCAAGAGACUUUUUCUUUCAAAGGCUGCGUCUCGUACGGCUGUUUGACGUCCACAACUGCGCUACUAAUAAAUUGGCACAUGGCA